GUUCCGACCACAGACUGCGGAGUGGGUACCAGGCUGCUAGGGGUGCCCCAAGUCCUAGCGGGUUUGGACUGGCGCGCCUGGCUCCGCCCGUAAGUGCGCCUUUCCCACUUACUACUGGGUGCGCGGGGCUGGGGAUGUGAGGACCACCCCUGAAGUCUCUUCCUGGGCGACCUCCGGGGCCUGAUUGUAGGCCUUCUGGAAGAGAAGGAUCUAAAUUAGGAAAAGGAAGUACCCUUAGCCAGGACCAGGCUCUUCCACCUGCGGAGCUCGCUUAGUCUGCACCUCAACCAUGCGGAAAGUGACUCCCCUGUUUACUGAGGAAAAACUGGGGUUCAGAAAGGUGAAGUCAUUUGUUGUGGGCCUUGCAGCUGGGAAGUGACAGAUCUGGAUUCAAAGCGAGUUCUGGCUGGCGCCAGAGUCCUUGUCCUUUACAGCACCGGUUCUCAAGCUCUGUGUGCAUUAAGAAUUCCUGGGUUGAGGGUGGCGUUAGUUAACAAAUUCUGGGACUCUUCAAAUUGAGUAGGUCUGGGAUGGGGCUCUGGAAUCUGUAUUUUCGACAAUUGUUCCCUGACAAAUAACAUAUGGCUCCCCAGUGAACGGAGCAAGAAGAUACCAUGGAGUAGUUUGAAGCAGAAACAAAAUCUUCCCAAAGCUCAUAGCAGAAGCCUUUUUGGUCAACAUGGAGGAAAAAAGACGGCGAGCUCGAGUUCAGGGAGCCUGGGCUGCCCCUGCUAAGAGCCAGGCCAUUGCUCAGCCAGCUACCGCUGCUAAGAGCCAUCUCCACCAGAAGCCUGGCCAGACCUGGAAGAACAAAGAGCAUCAUCUCUCUGACAGAGAGUUUGUGUUCAAAGAACCUCAGCAGGUAGUACGUAGAGCUCCCAAGCCACGAGUGAUUGACAGAGAGGGUGUGUAUGAAAUCAGCCUGUCACCCACAGGUGUAUCUAGGGUCUGUUUGUAUCCUGGCUUUGUUGACGUAAAAGAAGCUGACUGGAUAUUGGAACAGCUUUGUCAAGAUGUUCCCUGGAAACAGAGGACCGGCAUCAGAGAGGAUGUAACUUAUCAGCAACCGAGACUUACAGCAUGGUAUGGAGAACUUCCUUACACUUAUUCAAGAAUCACUAUGGAACCAAAUCCUCACUGGCAUCCUGUGCUGCGCACACUAAAGAACCGCAUUGAAGAGAACACUGGCCACACCUUCAACUCCUUACUCUGCAAUCUUUACCGCAAUGAGAAGGACAGUGUGGACUGGCACAGUGACGAUGAACCCUCACUAGGGAGGUGCCCCACUAUUGCUUCCCUCAGUUUUGGUGCCACACGCAUAUUUGAGAUGAGAAAGAAGCCACCACCAGAAGAGAAUGGAGACUACACAUAUGUGGAAAGAGUGAAGAUACCCUUGGAUCACGGGACCUUGUUAAUCAUGGAAGGAGCGACACAAGCUGACUGGCAGCAUCGAGUGCCCAAAGAAUACCACUCUAGAGAACCGAGAGUGAACCUGACCUUUCGGACAGUCUAUCCAGACCCUCGAAGGGCGCCCUGGUGACAUCAGAGCUUUGAGAGAGAAGCUUCACUGAAACGGAGCAAACUUUCCACUGAGAAGCGACUUCAAGAGGCUGGUGCUGCUAGAUCUCGUGAUGUGGCUGUUGGGAAGAUGGUGGGGUUUGUUUCCCAGCUUGGAGUCCUAUUAAAUGAGAGCCAGCAACUCAUGUUGGUAAUAGGUCUACUGUGGGAACAGUUAUCCCUAAUCACAGCUGAAAAUCGCUAUCAUCUUUAGGCAAAUUAAAAUCUAUGUGGCAGUGCUCAUGGA